AUGGUGAGCGACACUGAUUUGGAGACUAUGCUUGAUGUUCCUAGCAAUCAUCCAUCUAUAAACAGUGUGGAGUUUUAUUUGGAAGCUAAACCAACAACUACUGAUGUUAUUGAUCCUGUUGCUUGUUCAUUGGCGUUGGAAAGUUCCAGUAGCUCUUCGAAAAGACCAAUGAUUCAACAGAUUCCCUCUUGUCAACAAGCUACUGGUUAUAUAGCUUUGAAUGGGAGUCAUGUGAUGCAUCCACCUGUUAAAAUAGAGUUGGAUAUUCAGGGAGUGGAUAACAACAACGGGUGGAUUAAAGAUGAGCCAUAUUCUGAGUUUGGAAACGGUAGCACUGAUGGAAGUGGAAAUGGAGAUAUGUCGGAUAAAAUCUCAGGUCCAGAUGGGGUGGCUCGGGUGGUUAACUUGACAGGGGAUAAUCGUUAUGGAGACUAG